UUAGAAAGUCUAGAACAAUGCACCUAAAUUUAGGGAAAUGAGGUAACAUACAGUAUAAAUACGACUACCCAAAACAAUGAUCUAGCAGUUUCAUUCUAGUCAGACUGAAAUCAAGCGGCCGUCCAUCGAUAAAAGUAAGGAUAAUUAAAGGAACACGUCGUCACAAACAUGGACAACGAAGGAUUGAUUUGUGAAAACUGCAACAGAAGAGUUCCCUCAGAAAAUUACGAAAUGCACUUUGUACACUGCAAAAGAAACCUCAAAUUGUGUUCGCUGUGCGGAGAAGCGAUACAAAGAAGCAGAGAGAAAGAACACUUCGAGGAAAAUCAUGUGGAAAUAAACUGUGUUCAGUGCGGACAAAAAACAACGAGAAGUGAAGAAGGCAAUCAUUUGGCUUACGAGUGUGGAAAGCGACCAAUUACUUGCCAUUAUUGUGAACUGAGGCUACCCAGAGAAAGAAUGUCAGAGCACCAGGAAUUUUGCGGAUCCAGAACGGAAUUCUGCCACAAGUGUAGUCGAUAUGUUUUGGUUAGGGACUUUAUGGACCAUGAUAGCGCAUGCGACGGGGGAAUAAACAAUCGGCAACACGAUUUGCCUGUGUCUUUGCCUUGUGAAUUCUGUGGAUCGCUGAUUCAGCAAGAUGAACUUGAUGCUCAUCAACGUGAAUGCCAGCGUCUAGAGGAAACAGAAGGUUCUCAAAUCCCUCUCGUUGUAGAAGAUAGCGAUGGUGUGUUUCGUGAAAUGGUACGAACGCCUGACAAUUUCACAAGCUCGGACUCGUAUGACGAUAUCGAAACCGAAAGUGAAGACAACAGCAUUGUUGCUCUGCCUUGUGAAAUCUGUGGCGAACUGUGUCCGUCUGAUAAAUUGAUGGAACACCAGGAACAAUGUAUCCUAGAGGGAGAAGGCGUUCAGGGUUCUGGUUCACCCUCCGAAAACGAAGAACCUUUGCACAGAAGCGAUCGAUCUCACUUCCGGUUCUCGAGACUUCAUCAGAAUCCGAUGGACAACGAGAGAGAAGAUGACCCCUUCACUUUUGCGAAUUUUACAAUGGAAGGAGUCCCUUAUGAUCUCAUGGCAAACAUUUUCCGCGACCUGGAAGAUCGACGAUGGCCAUUUGAAAUGAUGAGGAAUAUGUGGUCGUGAACUUGACCGACAAAAUUGAUUAUGUAAGAGCUGAAAUAUGCAAAUUUAACCCGUGUUUGUGUAUCUCAAGUUCGAGUACAUGUAAAAUGUUUUUUUCUUGUCGUGUUUUUGAAAAAGUAUGUCAAAAUAGAAAACAUUGUAACUCGAACCUUUUCAAUACAGCUACUUAUUCUACUUCCCUUUUAAUACCGAAUAUUUGUAUGAGGUGGGUUUCGGAGCUUCUAAAAUAUUAAACUGAGUACUCCUUGGUUGUAUUUGAAUAAACGCAGUAAAUGUCAAACCUCAACCCGUUCACUGCUUCUGUAUCUAGUUACUAUAAGAAGUGUUAAAGA